CCGCCCUGUCGACACUUAUUCACAAGCAUUACUAUCUCUCCAACCAUGGCUCGUCUUCUUGCCAACCUCGCAUCUCGUCCGCAUAUCCUCGCCAUGGCCGGCACCCGCAGCACCUAUCCAUCUGUGGCCGGACUCACCAGGGUGUCAUCCAAUCUCAUCAGACCGCAAGGCCGACGCGCGAUUCCGCCUUUAACACCUCCAGCAGUACAAUUGACGCAAUGUUCUGGCUUCAAGACGGCAUCACCCCAAGAUCUCGGUGCCAUCCCACGAGCUCUCGGUGCCGCCUCAUCCUCUCAAAUUGCAUCGAAAUUCAUUGAACAGAAGCCGGUCACCAAGCUACUACGAGAUCGAACACCGUGGUUUACCGACGUCAAGACGGUGGCAGCGACUGCGAUAUUUGCGCUCGAGCUAUCCAAACCUUUUGGCCAGAGGUCACUGGAGGCGUGGCGUGCCAGGGAAUGGUCCACUGAACGAAUUGCCCAGCCGUAUUUUAGCCGUAUGGAUGAAUUGGAUGAACUGGAUGAUGAAGUCCCACAGAAAAAAAAGCAAGGGCGAAUGAAGAAUCAGAGCGAGGAGAAGGGGCAACCAAAGCCGCGGAAGAUGGUGAAGUUCCUGGUUAUCGUCGCUUUGAUGGGGGGGCUCGGGGGAAUCGAGAUCACAAUCUCACCAUAUCUGAAGAUGUUUGACCAACAUAUGGAAGAAGUCAUGCCACAACACCACGGUGGUAGGUUCAACCACGCCGAGGGACAAACCGAAACCUAACUGUAACCAGGACUGAAUGCCGCGAUGCCAUAUGACGAGGAGACCAGGCAGAUUGAGUGGAGGAUGGGAAAGUGAACGACGGACAGCAUUCAAGAAGCAAGGAGAUGCAAACAACGCACGACAUGUGCUUAACCACGACCUGGAGUGAGUCGCAGUGGCAUCCUAUGGAGAGCAGCAUUGGCUAUAAGCAUGAACGAUAUCAAUCGAAACGACAGCAUGAGAAAUAGAAUCAUU